UCACUCGGCUUACGAGCCGCUUACAUGCCACUAACGUGACGGUUGCUCGUUCGAUUCGCCGGAUUUUGCGAUGUUGCUAUUUACCGAAGCCGAAUAUUUGACGUUUUGUUUUGACCGACAUACGUUUUGGAAGCAGAGAUUCAGAAACGGUAAGAAAGUGCAAAAUAUGACGUCUAUGCCACCUGUAAAACCUCCCCGAGGGAUUAAACACUCCAAAGAAACGAGUGGAUUAUUAAUAACAGUAAUUAGAGCUUUAUCAGCCAGUGAAACAAAUGAACAAAGGGAAGUUGAAAAGGAUAAACUUGAGAAAGAAUAUAAAAGAAGUGACCAGCGUUUGGAUGAAUUAGUUUCAUUAAAUGACCAAGAUCUCACUGAGGUUAUGAAGACUUUUAGUGCCUUAUCCGAAAGGGUAACACUUGCAAGAGAGAAUAUUCAUGCAGUCAAAGAGAAUCUAAAUGCUUGCAAGCAGUUGCUUGGUUGUAGAAGAGAAGAAUUAAUGAAACUGUGGUUAGAGGGUGUCGAGCACAAACACGUACUGCAACUUUUAAACGAUAUCGAUAAAUUGCGGGAAGUUCCUUCUCGAUUGAAUAAUUAUUUGGAAAAGAAGCUUUAUUUGCAUGCAACGCAGCUACUUGUUUCUUCGUUGUAUAUGGGAGAAGGUGCUUUAGAAAGCGUUGAAGCUCUUAGAGAAGUGAGAACUGAGUUGGAAAUUAAAAAGCAACAGGUAAAUUCAACGUUAUUAGAGGAGUUGAGUAAACAGUUGUAUGUCGAAUCUACUCGAGAAACACAGCUGAAGAGACAAGGUUCUAACAGAGAUUUCCAAAGAGGAAAUGAAACUAGGAGCUCGAGAAGGAAUAAAAUUAAGAGGACGCUCCUUGAUAUACUGCCUGCUUUCCAUGGAGGGCAAAAUGUAAGACGCGCAAGUAAUGCUAAUUCAGAAGACUUGAAUAACAUAAUGGAAGAUGAAAAUGCUUGCAACCCCGAAGAGAAUUCAGAGUAUUUCCUGGCAAUUAUAAUAGAGUGCCUUGCAGUUUUAAAUAAGAUACCAGAAGCAGUAGAGGCAAUAAAAUCACUGAUGCAAAGAGAGUUGAUAAAAGUAGUAACCCGUGCUACUGAAAAUGUAAGAGAAUCCUUUCGAAAUAAAGAAAUAAUUAAGAAUCCCCUUCAAAUAAAGAUUGGAGAUAGAUAUAUGUCUGAAUUCUUAAGCGAGGGCCAUUCUUUGCUUCUUGAAUUGUUGCAAAUGGUCUUUGAUCGAUUUAGACUGGUAGUGUCAGCUCAUUCCAUGGCAUUACGAAGUUUCUCUCAUGUAAUUAAAAAAUAUAAUUUAGACGUUCGCUUAUACGAAAUGACGGAUGUGUGGAGGAAUAUUCAAGAAGUGUUUCAGUUACUAUUAACUGACUAUCUUGAUAUACAAAAUAUGGUAGAAGACCCUCUUCAAGCUCCAAGUACUCUUAGCGAACAAACUAUAGAUAUUAACGGAUUUUUCGCAAGGCGAAAACCUCAAAGGCAAAAGUCUGGCUCAUUGUUUAAAUUUGAAUCAUCAGCUUACCCUGCAACUAUGAACAGCUACCUUAAUGAACAUAAAUAUAGUAGUUUGGCAUUAGUAGAAAAUGGGCAGUCUUCAGCAGAUAAGAAACUCGUUUGUGAACCGGAUCCUAAAAAUAUUACUUUAAUAUUUCGGCCAAUAAUGCAUUUUAUAGAGGAAAUCGAACAGACUUUGGGAAAUACUUCAGGACAAAUGUGUUCGCUCAAUAUUUUUAUAACUGAUUACGUCAAGGAGAUGUACUUAGCGAGGCAUCAUAUUCAUGUGGCAACAACAAUUGAUACAGCUACCAGGAGUCCUGAUGCAUGGUCUGCUGUGACUGCACCAGAAGUGAUGCGAAGUCUUGGUGUAACUAGACCGUUGCUGCAGAGCACUGUAAAAGUUCAACAAUGUGUGUUGGAGUUGCGUUCACUUAUGGUUGCUCUACCCUUACAAGGCGAGCAUUUUUGUACUCUCGCUUUGAAUGUUUUGCACAAUUAUCGAGAAACUUGUCAGGCUGCCUACCGUGGUAUUGUCCAACGUGACGGCGAAGUCAAAAGAAUCUGCUCCGCAGCUUGGCUUAAGGACGACGAUAUUAGCAGGUUCAUAAAGUCUUUGCCUAACUGGGAGAGCUUAAAAAGCGAAAUGCAAUCACGAACUCCACCAUCUGGAAGGCGAACACGUCGACAAGAAACGCAGGAAGAGGAAAGCCCUGAGGAAGUCAGACAACGUAAUUUACGAGAAGCAGAGAUCUUGGCCAGUAAUUUAGGAGAAGGCGGCAUCAGCGCACAUGAGAUUAUUUCCGACGUAGGCCAGUUGAAGAGUUUAGCUCUGCUGCAAGAGAGCAUUGAGUGGUUUUGUUCAUCGAUAAGGUCACUGAUUUCAGAACUACGUUGCUCCAGAACUGGAGGCGAUAAUCGCGAUAAUCGCGAUAAUACUCUUUUACCAGCCAUGUCAGAAUCUCUCCUGGAGUCUUUAGAACAAGUUGCUAAUGAGUUUGAUGAACUCGCAAAUACGUGCAUUCUCGUGUUACAUUUAGAGGUAAGAGUUCAGUGCUUCCAUUAUUUGCACCCAAAAGUAGAGUACGACCAUUUGUGCAGCAAAAUCAAAGAUCCUGAAGAAGCCGAUCCGCGGGUGGAGGAACUCAGCAAAGUUUUGCAACACAUGGAUGAAGCUUUGCAGUCCACUCUUCAUCCUAAGAAAACAAAAUAUAUUUUCGAAGGUUUGGGCCACCUUAUAUCCAAGAUUUUAAUCACAUCCGCUCAAUACAUAGGGAAGAUAGACGAGAAUGGUAUACAUAGAAUGUGCAGAAAUGUUUUUACACUUCAGCAAACACUAACCAACAUCACCAUGACCAGAGAAUUAGCUCUCGAUUAUGCUCGUCAGUACUAUGAACUCUUCUAUGAAACGCCCGAGGUAAUUCUAAAUAACGUCCUUGAACAUGGGACACGAUUCUCAGAAUUAGAAUAUAUGAACGCUUUGCAGCUUAUUUCCAGGAGCCAUGACGAAUAUACAACAAUUAAUAAACAUUUAGAAAGGCUUUCGGAAAUAUUGGGAGAGGUAGGAGUUACUGUUUAAAGUAUAGUUAUUCCUUUAGUGGCGAUUCUCUGUAGAUAUUUUCUUAAACGAUAAAUAAAUAAAUUUUUAAGACAUUUAUCUCAA